AUGAUGAUCGAAGACGACAAUAACAACGACAAAGACGACGACAACUACAACUCCAACGACACCGACAACGACACCGAUAACGACAAUAACUACAACAACAACGACGAUCAUGAUGAUGACGACAAUGACACUGACAAUGACAACAACAACGAUGAUAACAGCAGCAAUGAUAACAACGACGACAGCGACCGCCUUUUUCCUCGGUACACCUCCCGCGAGGCCAAAGUCAAGCUCGAGCUCGCCCUUUACCAUGACAUGAUCUUAAUGGUCGGCGACUUUCGAUCGGAGAAUUCAAUCGGUGACUGUAGGACACUCAUCCCAAAGGGUUCUCUGACCCGCAGCCAAGAUUCUCCCCUACAAAAUCGACAGAGCCUGGUUGGCGAUGCAUCCACUCAACAGAGAACCAAGCCUGAGUACGAUAAUGGUCUCGCCAAUGAGGGCGUCUCCACAAUGUCAGGGGUAGCUCAUCGGUUCCUCGAUCCCACCUGGCGGCAUGAGGCAUGGUGCACAGAUAUUGAUUUUGGGCUGUCAAUAGUACGCAUCUUGGGCACCGCACUUUCAGGACAGCGGAGCCGCACGACGGUUUAGUUUUGAACUCGACACAGUUCAUAUGAUAUGGCCUGCUAGGAUGUCUUACUGGGUGCUUCAAUGUUUGAAACAACAAUAUGAUCCUCGACGCUGUCGAGUCCUUCAGGCUCGCUAAAAUCACCAUGUAAUGCAACACAAGGCCGCAUGUACAUGGAUAGUCGAUACUGCAGCUAAACACACAAUUAAUAAAGAGAAAAGAGAUAAGCGAGCGUGACAACUGACAUGUCAGUUUUCAGUCAGUCACCAGCCUCUGUCUUGGUUGUUUAGCCACUUU